GUCCACUUUCGAACACAACGUCAUUCAAACAUGAGUUUUCUUUCUGGUUUCAAAAAAAACCUCAACAGAGCGGGUACUACGCUCAUGCAGCGUACUGGAAUAGUGGACAAAACAGUGGAUCGAGAGUUCGACGAAGAAUAUGAACGCUACAAAACGCUUGAACAAAAGACCGAAAAGCUCACAAAAGAAGCAAAAGGUUAUUUAGACUCGCUAAGAGCCAUGACAAAUGCACAGACACGCAUAGCAACGACCAUUCACCACUUUUAUGACGAUUCAGCCCCAAUGGGUCAAUGCGGUAUCAAGUAUAAGGAGACGGUUGAAAAACUAGAUGAGGAAGCAAAGAAAGAUAUGGAUGCUACCUAUAGAACGACUAUAAUAGAACCUUUGAGUCGAUUCUGCGCAUAUUUCCCUGAUAUCAAUGAAGCCAUCAAAAGACGACAGAAGAAGCUGUUGGACUAUGACGCCAUGAGGUCAAAAGUAAGAAAAUUGGUUGACAAACCUAGUGAAGACCCACAGCGGCUUCCCAGAGCCGAACAAGAAGCCAAUAUGGCACGUGAAGUCUAUGAGAAUAUCAACAGCAUUCUCAUUACCGACUUACCAAAGGUCAUUGAACUUCGAGUGCCUUAUAUUGAUCCAUCCUUCGAAGCACUUGUCAAGUCUCAACUUCAAUUCUGCCAAACAAGUUAUGAACAUUUGGAGGGCUUGAGACAAUAUUUCCCUGCGGAGUCAGAAAAAAUGGAUGGCCGAGUAGAUGAUGUACUGCAGCAGAUGAGAGAGCUCAGUAUAUGUGGUAACUUUUAAACGGGUAUAUGCUUCCAUUACCUUACUCAUGCAUUCUUAACGUAAUGAUAAUAAAACACACAAUGUAACCGUAAAAAAGGGAAAUUAAAAUUCGUUAGCAGUGACUUUGUUUCAUUUCAUGGGCAGUAGAA